UCAUUUGGCUACCUGGCUUUCCUUACUCAGUCCUCACGUGUCUGAACUUCCAGUCCAGAAAAUUUCCACCUACCGUGUCUCCUACCCUUCAUGGCUGCCACUAUCAAUUGCUUUCAUUGCAGUCUAGACGUGGUCGAUUUGAAAAAAACAAGAAAGAGAGAGACGCUAAUAAAGUAGACGCUGGGGAGAGCAUAAUGGAGAAGAAGAACACAAUGUCUAUCGAUAAUGUUGCAGUGGAGGACAUAGUGAAAGCAGGUCUAUCAAUGGAGGAAGCCAAAGAAUUUCACAAAAUCCUCAAAGAAGCAAUUGGAUUAGCAAAUGGGUCUGACCCAAAAGAGGUUUGGAAAAAUGUGGUGUCUAAAAGAAUUUUGAAACCAUGGCACCCUCAUGGAUUGCACCAAUUGAUUUAUUAUUCUGUUUAUGCUCAUUGGGAUUCUUCUGUCAAUGGACCUCCUCUUUAUUGGUUUCCUUCCCUACAUCAAUCAAAAGGGACAAACUUAGGACGUGCAAUGGAAAUCCAUGGGCCUAAUCUCUUAGGUCCUUUAUACAAGGACCCUUUAACAAGUUUCAACUUAUUUCAUAAAUACUCUGUUCAAUAUCCUGAGGCUUAUUGGUCAAUUGUUCUAAGAGAGCUUUCAAUUGUAUUUCAUGAAGCCCCAAAGUGUAUUCUUGACACCACUGACAAAUCGAAACAUGGGGGAUCAUGGCUGCCAGGUUCAGCUCUGAAUAUUGCUGAAUGCUGUUUGCAGCCUGCAAAUCAUCCUAGAAAAAAUGAUGACAGCAUGGCAAUUGUAUGGAGAGAUGAAAAUGAUAAUUCCAAAGUGAAUCAUAUGACAUUGAAAGAACUUCGAGAACAAGUAAUGAUGGUAGCUAAUGCACUUCAUGCAAUGUUUACAAAGGGUGAUGCGGUUGCAAUUGACAUGCCAAUGACAGUCAAUGCUGUUGUUAUAUACCUGGCUAUUGUAUUAGCAGGAUUGGUUGUUGUAUCAAUAGCUGACAGCUUUGCAGCCAAGGAAAUUGCCAGUCGUUUACGUAUUUCCAAUGCUAAAGCUAUCUUUACUCAGGAUUUUAUACUCAGAGGGGGACGGAAAUUUCCAUUGUACAGUCGUGUUGUAGAAGCUACUCCACAUAAAGUCAUUGUGCUCCCUGUGAUGGGGAAUGAUGUAGGCAUUCGAUUAAGGCAGCAGGAUAUGUCAUGGAAAGAUUUUCUGUCCAGUGUCAAUCACCUUCCAAGACCAAAUUAUUUCCUUCCUGUCUAUCAAUCAGCAGAUUCUAUGACCAAUAUACUCUUUUCAUCUGGAACCACAGGAGAACCAAAAGCUAUUGUAUGGACACAACUUUCUCCAAUCCGAUGUGCUAGUGAUGCAUGGGCUCACGUUGAUGUUCAAGUUGGUGAUGUUUACUGCUGGCCUACAAAUUUAGGAUGGGUGAUGGGACCAAUUUUACUGUACUCAUGCUUUUUAAGCGGUGCAACUCUUGCUCUCUUUCAUGGAUCCCCUCUUGGCCGUGAGUUUGGAAAAUUUGUUCAGGAUGCUGGAGUAACUAUUUUGGGUACAGUUCCAAGUUUAGUGAAGGCUUGGAAGAGUACCAACUGCAUGGAAGGCUUAGAUUGGACAAAGAUAAAAUCCUUUUGUUCCACUGGAGAAUCCUCCAAUGUAGAUGAUGACCUUUGGCUCUCUUCAAGAUCUUAUUACAAGCCCAUUACUGAAUGUUGUGGAGGCACAGAGCUUGCAUCGUCAUAUAUCCAAGGAUGUCAAUUGCAGCCACAAGCUUUUGGAGCAUUCAGCACUGCAUCAAUGACAACGGGCCUUGUCAUCCUUGAUGAAAAUGGAGUUCCUUAUCCUGAUUAUCAACCUUGUGUUGGUGAAGUGGGUUUAUUCCCUCUGUACCUAGGAGCAAGUGAUAGAAUGCUUAAUGCUGAUCAUUAUGAAGUUUAUUUCAAGGGAAUGCCAAUGUUUAAAGGAAUGCACCUAAGAAGACAUGGAGACAUCCUUAAGAGAACUGUUGGGGGCUAUUUCAUUGUACAGGGCAGAGCUGAUGACACCAUGAAUCUUGGUGGCAUUAAGACAAGUUCUGUUGAAAUUGAGCGUGUGUGCGAUCGGGCCGAUGAAAGCAUCAUGGAGACUGCUGCAAUUAGUGUAGCGCCAGUAGAUGGUGGUCCAGAACUCUUGGUAAUUUUUGUGGUGUUAAAGAAGGGAUUUAAUGGUGAACCAGACAAGUUGAAAAUGAAAUUCUCCAAAGCCAUCCAAAGCAACCUCAAUCCUUUGUUUAAGGUGAGCUUGGUUAAGGUUGUGCCUGAGUUUCCUCGAACUGCUUCUAACAAGUUAUUAAGGAGAGUUUUGAGGGAUCAAAUGAAGCUUGAGUUAUCCCUACGGAGUAAAAUAUAGCGGUGGCAUAUUCACCUAACAUAUCCUUCUAAAUGGAUGAAUAUAGUGUCCACAAGAUGAACAGGUUGUCAGUGAAUUUAUCUGGUUCUUGAAACAUUUCUGGAUAGGAUCCUGGAAAUAAGGCAAUGGUUCUUGAAAUUCGCGUUUUUUCCUUCCAUUUAGAGGUGGAAAAUGGCAGGUGGCUCAUGUAUGAAAGCAUGAAAAUUUAAAUUUAUUGAUGGAACUUCUUAAAAUGUAAGUAGUAAAUAUUUAAAGAAUUAAUUUUCUGAAAUUUUUAUAUGUGAAGGCCUCAAGCAUAUUCCAGGAUGUUGUCUUAAUUUCAAGAUGUUUGUGGUUUUAA